AUGGACGUUUCCCGACUGGCCCCGAUAAGGUUAUCGAAAAAUAUCGAUGCGUCGCCAGGGGUGCUUGAUCCGAAAUACAAUUUAAAAUCUUAAUAUAUAAAUAUAAUUAUGGUGUUGCCUAACUAAUAAUUCUAGUACCCUCAUGAUUCAUAAAAAGCAUAACCAUUGAAAAUUCACUUAAAAUUUUUAUUUUAAGCUUAAAUAUUUAGUUAGUUUUUUAGUUUAGAGUAAGGAAAAGCAGCCUGUUAAUAAAAAAAUUUUAUUGAGUACGCAUGGCUUCAAAUGUCAUAUCUAACCGGUAAAGUGUAACGGUUUCCAGUUGUCAAACGUAACUGUUGUUCAAAGUGUUCAAUUUGGAGAUUUACAGAUUGGAAUAGAAGAACUAGGAUGUGUCAACGGGCUGUGCGCGAUUGGUUGGUGCUAUUGACCAUGGAGAAGUACAUUGAUAUAUUCAUGGAUCGGGGGUACGACUGCAUUGAACGCUGCAAGCUUAUUAUCGUCAGCGAUCUGAUCAUGCUGGGAGUGGAUAAUCCCGCUCAUAGGAAGCUCCUGCUCGAAGGAGUCCGGUUCCUGAACAACGCACCCGAGCAGUUCAACUGCAUGGAGUCGUGUGAGCUGCACCAGGAGAUCGAACUGAAAUUAGACCCAGAUGUUGAGUUGUUUGCUUCGUUAAAGUUCUUGGAAAAUGUUGAUUUCCUAAAAGCACCAUAUUCGCUAACAUCUCCACAAAAGACGCUCAAAACUCGAGAUUCUUGCAAAUGGAAUGUCAAUGGUGUGGAUCAGUUACCUUCCAAAAAUUUGUUUGACUAAAUACAAACAAAGUAAAAAUAAUGCGUGUGAUCAGGAUCUUUAUAUAUUUUUAAGAACCAAUAAAACGCCAAUUGAAAAGCUGCCUUACAACACUAUCA